CAGGGUCCAGGGAGAUCAGAAAUAGUGAAUGCAGGGUCCGGGGAGACCGGAUAUAGUGAAUGCAGGGUCCGGGGAGACCAGAUUUAGUGAAUGCAGGGGUCCGGGGAGACCAGAUUUAGUGAAUGCAGGGUCCGGGGAGACCAGAUUUAGUGAAUGGAGGGUCCGGGGAGACCAGAUAUAGUGAAUGCAGGGUCCGGGGAGACCAGAUAUAGUGAAUGCGGGUCCGGGGAGACCAGAUAUAGUGAAUGCAGGGUCCAGGGAGACCGGAUAUAGUGAAUGCGGGGUCCGGGGAGACCGGAUAU